AUGCCUGAAAUUGACUUUUCAAAGCAGCAAAUGCUCACGCAACUGGAGCGCCAAGCUCUGGCACAUCUGGGCCACGUGUGGCGACACGCCGGUUUGCGUAGAGAUGAAGCCGGUAUGCACAACCAAGCUGGCGGCAUCGCUGCUUUACGCGUCUCCAGACCCUGGCAACCGACGGUGCACAAGCUCACCCCAGUCUCUUCACCGUAA